CACAAUGUAGCCUAAUCCAUAGUGUCUAUUUUCUGAUAGGCUUAUGAUUGUAUUUACACAACAUAACAUAACAUGUAGGCUCUUGUGUGAGUAAUGCAUGACAUGUGUUUAAUCAAUCCUUUGGUAAAUAAUGGUUGUAUAUACUGGCAGGAGGGGCAAUGUCUAACACUGGGAAGUGGCAGUUAGUUCAGCAGUUGGAGGACAGUGAAUGUUGCGUCUGUAACUAGGAACAUGGUGUAGAGGGGAGACUCUAUUCGCGUUAUUCAGAAACUAUCAUUUCUCAGCUGUGAUAGGGCGAUCGGGCCUCAUCAAUGACGUCAUUGGUCCAAAACGAUACAAGCCUCGAUAUAGCAUAGCAUAUAUAUAAAAGGUCGGAGAACUUGGUGGAUUACAGUUGGCGCACGCUCCAAAGCCUCGGCACAGCACGUAUAACGUCCCUAACAAGUGGAGCGGCUUUUUCUAUCGUUGGUGUCUCCAAACGUCCCGUAGAGUCGCUGAGCCGGCUCACUGCAGCCAUGAUAUCCAAGUCGGCCCUGCUGAAGGUGAUCCUGCUGGGUGACGGCGGUGUCGGCAAGUCGUCCCUCAUGAACCGCUACGUCACCAACAAGUUUGACUCUCACCUCUUCCACACCAUCGGCGUGGAGUUCCUCAACAAAGAGCUGGACGUGGACGGCCACCACGCCACUCUGCAGAUCUGGGACACGGCGGGUCAGGAGCGUUUCCGCAGCCUCCGCACGCCUUUCUACCGCGGCUCCGACUGCUGCCUGCUCACCUUCAGCGUGGACGACGGACAGAGCUUCCGAAACCUGGCCAACUGGAAGAAGGAGUUCACUUAUUACGCCGACGUCAAGGACCCCGACAACUUCCCCUUUGUGGUGCUUGGCAACAAACUGGACGUGCCCGAGCGGCAGGUGUCGGGAGAGGAUGCGCGGCAGUGGUGCCGCGAGAACGGCGGCCACCCGUACUUUGAGACAAGCGCCAAGGAUGCUACAAAUGUGGCGUCGGCCUUUGAGGAGGCGGUACGUCGCAUUCUGGCGUUGGACGACAGAGCUGACCACCUCAUUCACAACAACACAGUGGACCUGCAGAGGAAGAGUCACCCUGACCCCAGCUGUUGCUGAGUGCAGCAGGACUGACUUCACGUGACUCUGCACAAAGAGGAACUGGUGUCUGCUCAGUAGUUGUACUGUAUGUGAUAUCCUCAGAUAAACUUGGGACCAGGAUCCGCAUUUGGAAGGAAAUACCGAUAUUCUUGUGGACCAAAAACUGAACAUUUUGUGCCAAUAUUCAGCAUUUUCACCACACGAAAGACAAAACCUCUCCACCCACCAUUUCCCGAAUCUGGGUCGUGUUUUAUAGUUUUAUUUGUGGUCAGUGAUGAACCUCAAUUGUGUCAGAGGUGGACAUAACUGGCUCAUACCGGAAUUUUAAAGGGCCUAUAGGGAGUGAUUGUGACUUCAAUUCAAUUUUCAAUUCAAUUUUAUUUAAAGUAUCAAAUCAUAACAAGAGUUAUCUCGAGACA